AUGUCUGCCAUUGGAACCCUCGUCUUCUGCGUCGACUGCGGCAACCUGCUGCCUGCAUCCAUGGGCUCUGAAAAGAACAAGCUCAUCUGCGAUUGCUGCGGCGCCGAGAACAAGGACACCGGAUCCAAGACCAUCGUCACCCAGACGAAGCCCUCCGAUUUCCCCUCCCAGCUCCGCCAAAAGCUCCAAUCCAACGUCCAGGCCCUCGACAAGAACAUCAGCACCGAGGCCACGAUCAAGGAGACAUGCCCCAAGUGCGGAAGAGAGGAGGUCCGCUUCUCUGCGGUCCAGCUGCGUAGUGCAGACGAAGGCAGUACCAUCUUCUUCAACUGCGACUGUGGCUUCAGGUAUGCCCUUCUCACAAACACAUUCUGGGAACCCGAGUGA